AUGUCCAACUCACAAGACCCACCCGCUCUCGCAUUACCGCCCUUCGAUCAUGUGAAGGCAGACGUGAUCCUGCGCUCAUCUGAUGGCGUAGACUUCCGCAUCUUCAGGCUCUUCCUUUCCCUCGCAUCACCCUUCUUCGAGACGCUCCUUGAUCUUCCCCAACCAUCUGAGGAGACUGACACCGACAUGGAGAUCAAAGACGGACUCCCUGUUAUUCCUGUCUCAGAGGACAGCAAAACGCUAGAUUCACUCCUCCGCUUCUGCUACCCCUGCACCCUGGCAGAGGACCCUGUGCUUGAGGAUUUCAGAGAGCUCAUUUAUGUUCUCGAUGCAGCGAAAAAGUAUUCCCUUGAUGCCAUCCAGCAGGCGGUGCGCAAAUCUCUUUUCAUUCCAAAAAUAUUGGAAAUGAAUUCGCUCUGCUGCUUCGCAGUCGCCUGCCGCACCUGA